GAGGAAGAAGUAGACAAGAGUCAAUGAGAUAGAGAGAGGGCCACCAAAAACCCAAAAGAGAAAACAACUCCUCUUUCAGUCAUAAGCCAGUUAGGUCCAUUCUUCCUAGUUCCUUCUUCUACUACUUUCUCUCUCAUCAAUUCUUCUUCCCCCCCACACUCUUUCUCUCUCUUGAAAGAAAACAGCCCAAAGGAGGGGAGGGAGAUGGAGAUGGGGUUGAAGAAGUUGAAGGCAGUGAUCAUCAUCCGAAAAUUAUCAUCAUCAUCAUCAGAAAAAGGGCAAAAAAGAAACAACCAAGAAAGAAGAAAGACCCUUGAUUGAAGGUUGAACCCACUUCUUCUUCCCCACAUACCCACAUAAAAAUAUAAAAAUUUCCUUAUUAUUUGAGAAAGACUAAUAGCCCCACACACACAAAAACCCAACCCCCCAAAAAAUUAUGGAACUCACUGAUUUGCACCAACAAAACAAUAAACAAACCCCAAUUUCCAAUUCCAAUUCCAAUUCCCUCAACACCAAGAACACUACUACCAGCAGCAACAACAACAAUACAACUCCAACUCCUCCUUCCACCACCACCGCCUCCACCUCCGCCGCCGCCGCCACCCCUUCACAACCUUAUCACUUCUCCCCUUUCCAACUCCACCACCAGUUUCAGCAGCAGCAACACUCCGCCCUCCCGCUCCAGCACUUCCACCACCACCAUCAGCAGCAGCAUGGCCGCCUCGCUACCCCUUUUAGUCUUAAUUCUAUCUCCAUCCCAGCUGGACUUGCUACAACUACUACUACAAGUGUUGCCGCCGCUGCCAACAACUCCGCUUCUAUUUCUCCUUCUACCGCUGCUUCUCCUCCGUCAUCCUCCACCGCCCCUCAGCCGGCUCGUCUCGUCGAUGCCUCCCUCGCUAUGACUACCAGAUCCGCCGAAACCCUAGUUGAGCCUUCGAAGAAGCCCCAACCGCAACAGCAACCGCUACCGGCAGCCGCGGCAGCUCAACCGCCGCCGCCGAAGAGAUCGACGAAAGACCGGCAUACGAAAGUAGAUGGAAGAGGGCGGCGUAUAAGAAUGCCGGCAGCUUGUGCAGCUAGGGUAUUCCAAUUGACGAGAGAAUUAGGCCACAAGUCCGACGGCGAAACAAUUGAGUGGCUUCUACAACAAGCUGAGCCAGCUAUCAUCGCCGCCACGGGAACCGGAACCAUCCCGGCCAAUUUUUCCACCUUAAAUAUCUCCCUCCGCAACAGCGGCUCAACUUUGUCAGCUCCGCCGUCCAAAUCCGCUCCCCAUUCUUUCCACAGCGCAUUAGCUUUAGCCCGCCACCCCUACGAUGAAAGCUUUUCCCACAUGCUGGGUUUUCAUCCUCAGCAACAUUUGUUAGCUGCAAAUCAAAUAACCGAACCAAUUCCGAGCCCUGGCGGAGGAGGAGGAGGAGAUAGCGGCGGACAAGAUUCAACCGGGAAUUACUUGAGGAAAAGAUAUAGAGAAGAUUUGUUCAAAGAAGAAGGUUCAACUGGACAAACCGGAGGCGGAGCAGGAGGAGGAGACGGGUCGGAUUCAAAUUCUCCGACAGCAAAUAAGCAAUUCAAAUCCGACGGCGGCGGUGAAGGCGGCAGUAACAACAACACCGCCGCUCAAGACGUCGCCGGACCAUCUUCCGGUAUGAUGCUGAGACACUCAAGCAUGUUGCCAACAACUGCCAUGUGGGCGGUGGCGCCGGCGCCAAGCAGCGGUGCGACGGCGAACACGUUCUGGAUGCUUCCGGUCACUGCCGGCGGUGGAGGCGGCCAAACGUUAGCUUCCGCCGUAGCGGGGACGUCCGGAGCAGUCCAAUCGGAGCAGCAGCCACAGAUGUGGCCGUUUCCGAGUACGGCCGCAAAUACAAUGCAAGCUCCCCUGCACUUCAUGUCCCGGUUCAACAUUCCGGCCGGCAACCUAGAAUUCCAAGGCGGACGGGGAAAUCCGUUGCAAUUGGGUUCAAUGCUGCCGUCGCAGCAUCUUGGGCUGGGAAUGUCGGAAUCUAACUUGGGAAUGUUGGCAGCCCUUAAUUCUUAUUCAAGAGGCGGUUUGAAUAUGAAUUCCGAUCAGCAAAAUCAUUCUUCCAUGGACCACAACCAUCAGCAUCUCCAACAGCAGCCUGAAACCACAGAUAGCGGCGAAGAUGGCGGUCAAAAUGAUUCACAAUGAUUUAGGAGGAGUUUGAAGGAUGAUGAUGACUUGAGGAGGAGUUGAAGAAGAAAGUUAAAAAGAUUAUUAGAGAGAAAGAGGUAUCUUCAUCUCAUGUUACUUUUGUCUGCUACUCUUAAUUAGUAUUUUUUUGGGGGUUGUCCUCUUCCUUUUGGUUCUUAUUUUGGAUAUUUGGAAUGGAUUUGUGGUGAGGAUUGGGAAUGUAAAUUUGUUUGGGUCCAAAUGGACAUUUUAGGGUACCUAGAAUUUGAGGGAGAAGAGAGAUUUUUGUAUAGAAGGAUUUUCUCGUAUAUUAAUUGUGUGUUUAGUAUAAUUCUUUUAUCAUUACUUCUUUUGUUUUGCAUGUUUAUAGACGUGGAAGAAGGAAAAAAAAAAACAUUUUGGGACUAUUAAGAGUAAUUAAACUUAAGAUUGCCAAUUAACUACCAAACAUUAUUUCUGGUAAUUGUGCUAACAAUGUCAGAAACAGCAGAAGUUAGAAAAUGCAGACAUCGGGUGCUUUGUUUUUCCCUCCCUUUUUCAAAAGAUUUCUUUUUUGGCUUCUCCCUUUCUCUUGAUUUGCAUGGUACAUUCCAACUAUGUAGUAAUGCCUAAGAAGAUGCGAAAAAGAUGUUUUCUCGUUAACUUCUUAACUUUUUUUUAAAAAAGUUACAUGUAUAUUAAUUCAAAGUAUUUACAUUAAUUAUUACAUUGUAGUUUUGCGUAUGUUAAAUUAUGUAGAUCGCGGACAUUAUUCCUACUAACUUUAACUAAGGUACACGAUUGAAUAGAGAAUAGAGAUGGAGAAAGAAGUUUUUAUACCAAUUCUGGAAACACAACUUAUAAUUUGUUUGUUCCUUAAGCAACCAUAAAUAAAAGAAACCUCAAUAUCUCCAUUGUUCCUAAAAAUUAAUAAAAGUAUAUCCUACUCAUCUUCUCACAUUUCGAUAGUGGAUCUUUUUGGUGUUUUGACAAAGUACAGUCAAACUAUAUAUAUAAAAAAAAACUCAAAAUGCAGCUUCCUCGUUUUCAUAAUUUAUUGCAGUGCACCAAAAAAACUGUACUAAAUACCGUUUUUCUCCUCAUUGUUUUUGUGAUGUGAGUGUUCAUAUCUUCCUGUGGUCCUGCUACAUUAUAGUAUUUGACUAUUUCAUAUUCUCGCUCUCUUUUUUCUUUUUUUCAAUUAUUGUUGUAAAAUUAAAACAAACAAUGCGGUUAGCUUAGCUCUAUAGCAGUUUGAUGAUGAUGAAAAAGGUACUCCCACCAUUCCAAAAUAAGUGUCAUUUUAGUAAAAUGGAGAAAUUUUAAAAUAAGUGCCAUUUUCGGAUUUCAAUGCAUUUUUUGUCAAAAAUUUCCAAACAUACCCUCAAAAGAAAUAAUAUUAUUGGUGAAUAUUUAUUUUAAUGGAGUUAGUUGAUGAUAUUAUAGUAAUUUAGCUACUCUAUUUAAGUGUUUCUUAAACUGUGUGUAAACUCUAGAAUGAUACUUAUUUUGAAAUGGAGAGAGUAAUGUUGAAUGAUGUUGCCUACCUUUUUGGCUUUGCUGCAGAUUCCUUUUGUACCUUAUCUUCUUCAUCUACUACCUCCUUUUUUUUUAAUCUUUUGUGAACUCAAAAUGUUUUUUUAUUUGUCGCACUUCAUUUUUUAAUACAAUAUUAAAUACAAUUUUUUCAAUUUUAUCAUUUUCUCUCCCUACUUUUAAUAACAUAUAUUAAUGACAAUUAUCUACUUUUUUAGUUCAAUUUUAAAUUUUUUAGAGUUCUAAUAUUUUUAAUUAAGGGUAAGAAAUACAAUACCUUUAUAAAUUAAAUUCUUAAUCAUUAUUUUCUUAAUAGUUGUACUAAUUCUAGAGCAACGGAUAAAAAAACGGAGGUAGUACCUGCUUAAGCAAUUUACUAGUACGAGUUACUUUUGAGCCAAGAAUCCAAUGCCAAAUUGCCAACUUCAUUGUCCCUCAAAUUCCCCAUAUGAUUUCAUCAUUAAAACAUCUAAAUUUUAACAAAUACCGUUUCGAGGGCUAUAAUUAUGUCACCUCCUUUACACGUUUACGUACAUUUUCAUUUGCAACCAAAAUCUUUUGAUGUUAGUCCUAAAUACGCACAAUUUGACACCUCAAAAGGCGUGUUGGUGUCAUUUGUCAAUGUCUCAAUUAUAAAACGUCAUUUCAUUUGUAGGCUGAUUGAUUUUCACACUUAUUAUUAUUAGGACAAAAACCUCAACUUCCAUGCAUUAUUCUAGGAAAAACACAUAUACAAACCUAGUUAUCAGAAAAGAAUCCAAAACCCAAACAAAUUGCGGGAACACCAAAAAUAAAAAAAGAAAUUUUUUUGUGGGAUUUAAGGAAGAAAACAUAAGCAAAUUCGGACAUGGUUGCCAUUUGUAAAUCUACUCCAUCAUUAAACUAUCAAGAAAAGGUUAAGUUAAUAAUCAAUCAAUCAAUCAAACCAAGGCCGGGGAAUGACUUUUUUUGUAUCGGGAUUUCCCCUAAGUUCUCAGUCCGUGAUUUUCGCAUUAACUAAAUCAUUUUCUUAAGUUAGUACUACUUUUUUUUUUU